AUUUGAGGAAACACUAUUCGUGCGCCCCUUCAACGCUGACGAGCACUUCCACGUCAAGUCGACAGCACACGAAACCAUGGACGGUGGUAUUCUGGAACCCUCUUUGUACACGGUGAAGGCAAUGGCCAUCCUGGAUAAUGAUGGCAACCGUAUGCUUGCUAAGUAUUAUGAUGACCAGUUCCCUACACCCAAAGAACAAAAACAGUUUGAGAAGAAUUUGUUCAGCAAAACACAUAGGGCCAAUUCUGAAAUCAUAAUGUUUGAAGGACUUACAUGUGUGUACAAGAGCAACGUUGAUCUGUUUUUCUAUGUUGUGGGAAGUUCACAAGAAAAUGAGCUGAUUUUAGCAAGUGUUCUCAAUGCCUUGUAUGACGCUGUCAACCAAAUUCUGCGUAAAAACGUGGAGAAGAGGGCUCUGUUUGAGAACUUGGAUGCCGUAUAUUUGGCUGUUGAUGAGAUCUGUGAUGGCGGGAUAAUCUUGGACGCUGACUCCACAUCAAUAGUACAGAAGGUAGCCAUCAGGUCAGACGACAUACCACUCGGGGAACAAACAGUGGCACAGCAAAUUUCAAAAAAGCUGGAGGUUCUUCAAAGUGCUAAAGAACAGAUAAAAUGGUCAUUACUGAAGUGAUGGACAAAAAUCAUGUUUUUAUCGUUAUCUUUAUCAUGGACUUGCAAGAGAGGUUUACGUGAGCGGGAAUGUAAAUUCAGAUGGUUUACAUGCAGCAUUGCAUCGCUAUGGCAACCUAAACAUUUCAAUUCAGUGAUGGUUUCCUAUGGCAACGGGAAGAAGAAGACACCGUUUAAUACGACCAGACUUUACUUGGGUCGCUGGAUUACUUGACACGACACGUUACUAUUGAUGUCAUACAGAUCGUUUUGGAUUAGGUGGUAUAUACUAAAAAUCUUCAAUUUUUUGUGUAUACUGCACAUCGUUUUUAUGAGAAUUUGAAUGUACAAAGUGACAAUAUUGGAAAAACAGUGGAUAUAUCUUGUUGUUUAAAUGUGAUGAAUUAUGUAGUUGCGAGAUCUUUACAAAAAAAUAAUGUUGCAAACCUAGGCUAUUAACAGUAUAGUACUGGUUUAUAUGACGCUAUGUUUUAGCUUGUCUUGGGUCAUAGUUCAGUGACUGUCAAAUACCUUUGGAGAUAUUUGUGUCCAAGGGAUUCCAGAAACGUCAUAUAGUGAUAUAAUUAUUGUUUCAUUAAAAAAAAAAAUUGUAACUAUAAAAAUUGUGGAUAACCGCUAUGAUUCCGCAAAUAACAUUUACAAGUUGUGUAUGUUGCCCUGUGUAAUGACAAGGAGAGGUAGGAUUGUGAAUGUCACUGACAGAAGAUAGAUGGACGCGGAUUUGAUAGUGAGCGAGAAUGUCUUGUGUAUGAUAACAAAAGCUUGGCUGUUUUAAGUUUUUGACCAUAUAGUGUUUAUAAAAAUUGGAUUACAUAAACUUUUUUUUUUUUUGAGACAUUCAGAUUAGAACUAAGAUACCAUUUGUUGAAGAUAUUUUUUAUUUAAUUCAAUUAAAGAGAAUAUAAUAUUUUAAAAGAGAUUUGGUGACCUUAACAUUUGAUCGAAGUACAAUUGUGAAUUUAGAACAAAAGCAAGAAAUUAAAUGGAAGAUAAUCAAAUGCUACAGAUGUUUUCAUGAUAAUUUUUCAGGAAUAUUUUCAUGAAAUUCUUCCUUGUAACAUCAUCUACAACAAUUUCUUUCUUCAAGGCUUUUACAAUUAUAAUUAGGGGAAGAAAUAAUAUAUUUUAAGAGACUUUCUUGAACUUUAUGUAUGCUAUAAUCGGUACCAGUAGUAUCACAGGCAUUAAGGAUGCAUAUUAUCAUUUUUUGAAGUGCUAAUUAUGCAUACUUUAUAUGUACAAUGUACAUGUAUUUGAAUUUUAAUACUGAUCAUCCAAAAGUUCAUUUGCAAGAUGAUGUAUGUGAGAAUGAAAGGAAAUAAAUUAUUUAUGAAA